GCUCGUGGCCGGCUAAGCCUUGCUUAGGUUAACAGAGGUACCGGUGAGAACAGUCGUACUCGCUUCGCAAGCGGCGUAUAUGUCAGAUUCGUCUGCGUCAUCGGCCUUAGAGGAAAGCUUCAACUUUUCUUCUGAUGCGGCUACGCGAAUAGUGCAUCGCGCUAUUGACUGCUUACCGCAGACCGUAGGAUCACGAGUAUGGUAAUCGUGUACGUUCGGGGCAAUACGACCGCGGUGGAGAUCAGGAUGAGACUGCUACAUCGCCAGUCCACUGUUGAGCAUGCAUGUCUCUGGUACAUAUAUGAGGCGAUUUGGAUACCAAUGUUACUUGCUCAUCACCUUUGUUCUGUUUUCUUCUUUCAUUGGGCGUUGAGUCCUUCACUCUCUUUUGUUUGAAUUGAGGACCUCCAAGGCUUAUCAUGAGGUUUUUCUAUACGCUUGCUUGCCUCGCGGCAGUCGCGACCGCCAUACCAGCACCACAAGCAGGAUGCACAUAUUCCAACACAACGACCCCGGCCGCAAACAACACCACAACGACGAUCUCCGUUUGUGGAGGCAACACGGCGGAUGACCGCACCAAAUGGUGCGAAGACAGUAUCGACACCGAUUGGUACAACUAUGUCCCCAACACAGGAGUCACGCGAGAGUACUGGCUCGACAUCACCAACAUGACCAUUGCACCAGAUGGGUUCGAACGUGUUGCUCUUGGUGUGAACAACUCGAUCCCAGGACCCACCAUUGAGGCCAACUGGGGUGAUACCAUCAAGGUACACGUCAAGAACAGUCUUCAGAACAACGGCACAACCAUUCAUUGGCAUGGCUUUCGACAGAACUACACGGUCCAACAGGACGGUGUCCCUUCUAUCAUCCAAUGCCCCGAUGCUCCUGGAACAACACAUACAUACACUCUGCGGGCGACCCAAUACGGAACCAGCUGGUACCAUUCUCACUAUGCUCUCCAAGCCUGGGCAGGCGUUUUUGGUGCCAUUGUCAUCCACGGCCCAGCAACAGCCAACUACGACGUUGAUCUCGAGCCCAUUGUCAUUACUGACUGGAGUCACGCCACUGUCGAUGCUCUGUACAGCCACGCUCAGACUGUUGGACCGCCCAAGAUGGACACUGCUCUCAUCAACGGCAAGGGCACCUACAACGGCACUGGCGGCGAGCGCUACGAAGUAACAUUCGAAGCUGGCAAGAAGUACAGAAUGCGCUUCGUCAACGCAGCAGUCGACUCGUACUUCAAGGUUUCUCUUGACGGUCACAAGAUGACUGUCAUCGCCAUGGACUUUGUACCUGUUGAGCCUUUCGAGAUUGACGUUCUGGACUUCACCAUGGGCCAGCGCUACGAUGUGAUAAUCGAAGCCAACCAGGGAGCCUCCAACUACUGGUUCCGUGCAAUCCCCCAAGCGGCAUGCUCCAACAACGCCAACAGCAACGACAUCCGCGGCAUUGUGCGAUACAGCAGCGCCCCGAGCGGCAAUCCAACAACUACUGCCUGGGACGGCAACUCGAAGGACGCUUGUGUGGAUGUAGAACACUCCCUCCUCAAGCCGCACUUCAAGCACUCCGUCAUCUCUCCCGAACUCCAGAAUCCCGACCUCGCCAUCAGCGUAGCCAAGGACUCUUACAACCUUUUUAAAUGGGACAUCGGUCUCAACAGCAUGCACGUUAUCUGGAACAACCCGUCUCUUUUGCAGAUCGCCGAGGGUAACGCCACCUGGGAGGGCUCAGAAAACGUCUACAUGCUGCCUGAUGCGAACAAGUGGGUGUACUGGGUUAUUGACACAAAGCUGCCGGUCCCGCAUCCCAUCCACUUGCACGGUCACGAUUUCUAUGUUCUGGCUCAAGCGGCAAGUGCGACGUAUGAUUCGAGUGUGAAGCUGAAUCUUGAUAACCCGCCGCGCCGUGAUGUGGCUACUCUGCCGGCGAGCGGGUAUCUGGUUAUUGCUUUCUACACUGAUAACCCGGGUACAUGGCUCAUGCAUUGUCACAUUGGUUGGCACGUGGCUGAAGGACUGGCAUUACAGUUUGUCGAGCGCGAGAGCGAGAUUCCUGCGCUGAUUGAUACUGCGGAGCUUGAAUCGACUUGUAAAGCUUGGGAAGACUUCAACUUGGAGAAGUUCUAUAUCGAGCAGGAUGACUCUGGUGUAUAAACGUCAUCGACGCCGCAAAGCGUAUCGCAUAAAUUUAUGCUCUUCUUGUAUAUAAUGUAAUGUCGCUUAGCGUUUCG